AUGGAGAAAAUAACUCAUGUAUUCCGAUCUUUUUGGAAGUGGAUCAAACUCAAAUGGCUCGCGUUUUGGGCGUUCGUCACCGGCAAAACCAAUGAAGACCUAUUUAGUCCGGAAGUCAUAAUGGCUUCGUCGAAAAAACAAACCGGAACGUUGCCACAAGCCCAACAAGUUGUGCACAAGGUGAUCAUGGUUGGAAGCGGUGGUGUCGGAAAAUCGGCGCUAACCCUUCAAUUCAUGUACGACGAGUUCGUUGAAGAAUACGAGCCAACAAAAGCCGAUUCCUAUCGCAAAAAGGUCGUUCUCGAUGGCGAGGAGUGCUCGAUUGAUAUUCUCGAUACCGCUGGUCAGGAAGACUAUUCGGCAAUCAGGGACAACUAUUAUCGAAGCGGCGAAGGCUUCAUUUGCGUCUUCUCAAUUCUCGAUAUGGAAUCGUUCGAAGCCACCAGCGAGUUCAGGGAACAAAUUCUGCGCGUCAAAAACUCCGACAACUCGGUGCCCAUUGUGCUCGUCGGCAACAAGGGCGACAUGCGCGAUCAGCGCGUCGUUCCCGUCGAGCUCGCCCGCCAACGCGCCGAACAAUGGGGCGUCCAGUACGUCGAGACAUCGGCGAAGCGUCGCGAGAACGUCGACAAGGUCUUCUACGAUCUGAUGCGCGAGAUGAAGCGUCGAAAGGGCAUCAAUCAAACCGCCGCCGGCAUCGACGUCUCGCACAACGCCGGCCGCAAGAAGCGCUCCGGAAUCAAGAAGCAUUGCGCAAUCCUCUAG